CGUCCGUCUCUCUCAGCGCCACUGCUUUCGCCUGCGCCUCACUCUGAACUUUGAGGCGUUUCUCUCUCUCUCUCUCUCUCUCGGUCAUCGGUUCCUUUCCUUCUUCUCUUUUUAUAGCUAUCUUCGCUUAUCUGUCUCUCUCACUCUUUCGAUCUGUCUCCUCUUAACAAGAGAGCUUCAUUUUUUUAUACCAAAUCAAGAUAGCUCGUUGUUGUGUGUGAAGAUAGACACAGAUGGCUCUAAAACUCAACCAACUAACCUUCCCUUCAGCCCACAAGCUCCCUUCCCACUGCUGCUCUCAGAGAUCCCCCAAUAGAAUCUUCAUGGCGGCCACUCUAGGCUCCACUUCCACCAAAGAGAUUGAGAAUCUAAAGCAGCCCUAUUGCCCUCCACGAGAGGCACAUGUUCAAGUGACUCACUCCAUGCCUCCACAAAAGAUGGAGAUUUUCAAAUCAUUGGAGGAUUGGGCUGAGGAUAACAUUUUGGUGCACCUAAAGCCUGUUGAGAAAUGUUGGCAACCACAAGAUUUUCUCCCAGAGCCUGAGUCAGAAGGAUUUUAUGAGCAAGUCAAGGAAUUGAGGGCAAGAUCAAGGGAACUCCCUGAUGACUAUUUUGUUGUGCUGGUUGGAGAUAUGAUCACUGAAGAAGCCCUUCCAACCUACCAGACAAUGCUUAACACCCUAGAUGGAGUUCGAGAUGAGACUGGUGCAAGCCUUACUUCUUGGGCAAUUUGGACAAGGGCAUGGACUGCAGAAGAGAAUAGGCAUGGUGACCUUCUCAACAAGUAUCUCUACCUCUCUGGAAGAGUGGAUAUGAAGCAGAUUGAGAAGACAAUUCAGUAUCUGAUUGGGUCAGGGAUGGACCCUAAAACAGAAAACAACCCGUACCUUGGUUUCAUCUACACUUCUUUCCAAGAGAGGGCAACAUUCAUCUCCCAUGGGAACACUGCUAGACUAGCCAAGGAGCAUGGAGACAUGAAGCUGGCACAGAUAUGUGGCACCAUUGCUGCAGAUGAAAAACGCCAUGAAACUGCCUACACUAAGAUUGUAGAGAAGCUCUUUGAGGUUGACCCAUAUGGCACUGUCUUGGCUUUAGCUGACAUGAUGAGGAAAAAAAUCUCAAUGCCAGCCCACUUGAUGUAUGAUGGGCAGGAUGAUAAUCUUUUUGAACACUACUCCACUGUUGCCCAGCGGAUUGGGGUCUACACUGCCAAGGACUAUGCUGAUAUUCUGGAAUUUCUGGUGGGAAGAUGGAAAGUCGAGAAGCUGACAGGUCUUUCUGGUGAUGGAAGUAGAGCACAGGAUUUUGUAUGCGGAUUGCCUGCAAGAAUUAGAAGGCUGGAGGAGAGAGCUCAGGGAAGGGUGAAGCAAGCUUCUUCUACUGUGCCAUUCAGCUGGAUUUUUGGAAGAGAACUGAAGCUUUAAGCACAGCAUGGGACUAGUGCUUCGUAAUUGCCAAACUGAUAUUCCAAUUUUAGUUCCAUUUUGAUGAGAGUUAUGUGGUUGUACUUCUAUAUAUAGGCGAAGGCAUUGUAGAUAUAUAUGAUCUUGUGUUGGUUGCAUUAGAUCUCAAAAGACGUACAACUAGCCAAUGGAAUGUUAGACCCAAAAUAGGCGUAUGCAUUGCUUUGCCCUUUUUCCAAAUUACAAACCAAAAAAAUGUCUCUCUCUGAAAUAUAGGUGUAUGUGUAACUGUUUUGUUUUUACAUUAUCAAUAUAGAAUGAUGGUGUAACUUUA